UCAUGGUCAUGUGAUUUCUGUCCGGGCUUCAUUUGCGUGCACACUGUUUACCUUCCGCUGCAGACAGCAGCAGAAGCAGCAGCAGAGUUAAAAUGUAUUCUCACGGCUCAGAGAGUUUAAUCAAACAAGCAAGAGAGAUCCAGGAGUCUGAGCUGCAGAAGUUUUACAGUAGACUCGUGAAGCUCCUUCAGGGGAACGAGCUCGGCCAUGAAACAUUUGACUCCCUGCAGAGACUGCUCCUCAUCCUCUCUGCCAACAAGUACAUGAAGACGUUGCCUCCAGAGCUUGAGAAGAGGAUCAUAGCUCUUCUAUCGUCACCUGCAGAGCAACUUCAGGUGCUGAGUUCGGCUGUGCUCAGAGAAACACUGCCCCCCUCUGGUCAGGAAGUGAAGUACAACCAGGAGAACAUCUCCCUAAUGAACAGCCAUGCUGCAGCCCUGCUGCUCUCUCAGGCCGGAUCCAGAGCCGAUCUGUCGUCUCUUUGUGCCCAGCUCCUUCAAGGUCUGGAAGGCCGACAGUCAGAGGGGUCGUCUCAGUCUCUGUCACACACACUGCCUGUCCUCAACACCAUCCUCACACACAGCCCUGAGAGCCUCACUGAAGAUCAUGUGACCCUCUUGAGUAAGAAGUUUGUUGACUGGCUGCGUUAUGCUAGCAUCACUCAGGGGGGAGGGGCUUCUUCAGGAGGAUUCUUCACAGGGCCAAGGACACGCCAGCCGGUGCCGAUAGCAGAGCUGGACGGGGCGGUGUCAGGAGACUUCUUCACUGUGCUGUGUGUGGGUCAGGGCUUCACUGACGACCAGUGGAUGAACGUAUACUCCUUCUCCUUGCUCCGCCACUGGCUCCUCGCGCAUCAUUCUGUUUCCAACGGCAACACCACCGCAGACACAGCUCACAGGCUGCAGCUCAGCCUCUCCCUCUCACACUCCCACUCCUUCUCAAAUGAUGAUCGGUCGGAGGUGGACGGCUCGGUGGUCUCUAUGGUUUCAGCGACUUCCUCCUCCAGCCGUUUGCUGCCUCCAAAGGAGCGUCUGAGAGAGAAAGCUUUCCAGUACUGCCAGCGGCUCAUCGAGCAGAGUGAUCGCAAGGCGCACAAGAGGAUCGAUACAGACCUGCAGAAAGCGUGUCUGGUGGAGGCGGUGUGUAUCCUGGACUGUGUGUGUGAAGAGGACACCUCCCUGGUCUUCAGAACCUUCCCGUGCAUUAAAGCGCUCUUCAGCCGGCUCAGCUCAGACCUGUCGUUCGCCCGGGUUCUCCUGCCCAUUGCUCAGUUCUACCUGCACCACGGUGAGACAGCUGCGGUGGACUGUGAGAGCGUCUGGAACCUGGUGUUUGGUCGAUUCCCUGCCGAGCUGUUUAACGACCUCUUCCUGGCCCACGAGCUGCUCCGCUUCCUCCGGCUGAACCUAGAGAGCCUGCAGCUGCGGGUCCCUCAGUACACACGCUCCUUCCCAAACCUGCUGAAGUUGUUGGCGUGGGACAGCCCAGCAGUGGUGUCUGACUUUGUUGAUCUACUGCCCUCUCUGGUGACGACUGGAACUGCAGUGGAGCUACUUCACACUCUGCUGGACCUGCCCUGUCUGUCUGCAACACUGAUUUUACAGCACAGGUCAGCUUGCCUACCAAUCUCAGACACAGGGGGGCGCCCUGUCCUCUUACUCGAUGCGUUUCGAAGCCCGUCUUACAGAGGGCUUUUCCUCUUCCUGCUUCGAGGGGAGGCGGGCUCAGGUGACACUAUUGACCGACUGAGCACGCUCCACGAGCUGCUAGCUGAGGCUGCUGAUUGGCCGAGGGUGGUUCAAUGUGCUCAGACUGUCCCUGUGCUCCUCUACAUUUUUUUCAACACAGUCAUCACAGUGGCGGACAUUAAGCUGUUAGCACACUUGAUUCUGGUGAUGCUGGAGAGAAGUAGCCUCCUCCUCAACAUCCCCAAAUACAUCAAAGAGAUUCACAGGGUGUUUAGCUGCCAGCUGCUGAGGCUCUGCAAGCUCCACCCCUCUCUGGUAGUCGACCAAUCCCACGAGCUGCUGGAGUUUGCCGGAGCAAUGGUUAAUGUCUACAGCAAAGAAGAUAUUUACACGCACGUGGUGUGGGUUCUCGGGGAAUACCUGUCCGUCUCGUGUGACUCCCGCUGCUCUGUGAGGCUCAUCACUUCCUGUUUUGAGACGUUGGAGGCGGUGCUGUUUGAGAUCACAUCUUCUGCCCCGCCCCCUGGAACAGUUUGCCCCGCCCCCAGAGUCAUCACCACUCUAAUGAGCGCUCUGGCAAAGCUGGCGUCCAGAUCACAUGACCUCAUACCGCGGGUGUCUCUGUUCCUCUCCAAGCUGAAGACCGUGAACAGGGGCGGCUCGGUGCCCUGGUGCACGUGUGAGGAGGACCUCAUUGCCAUAGUAACACGCGGCGAGGAGCUGUGGUCGCUGCUGAAGGCCCCGGGCGUGGCUCAGAGUGUGCUGACUCCGCCUCCACACAUCACCACGCCACAGUGGCACCGUGACACGAAUGUGGCCACGCCCCUGAGACUGCGAGCCCUCACCAACCUCACACACACUCAGUGACACACACACACUCGGUGACACACACACACACACACAGACUGUCGUCCCGUGAUGUCACAUUUGAUCUCCGGUUGAUUUUUGUUCAUAUUUCUUUUUCAGGUGAUUUUUUUUGUAAUAACUGAAUCCACAGAAACUGGACGUGAUGAAGAUUUAUUUGAAUCCACACGUUCGUCUUUGUGAGAUAGAAUCUUUUCUUUAAUGCAACAAAAAUAAAAUCUGAUUUCAGAAGAGGAAACA